UUGAGUCAGAUUACGUACCAUGUUGCCAAAGGUGCUCGUGUUCACAUUGGUGCAACGAAACGGGCACUUGCUGUUACGACUCGCAUAACGUCAACAAGUAUGGCAACAUGCCAUUACCGCCGCCGAAAUCUAUAUGCACGGAUACGGAUUCAAUACUGAACGAAAAACGACAAAUACCCGUUUAUACCACAAAUAUAUAUAGAAAAAGCUAUAAAAUUAUUUCAACCUGUCCAGACGACCAGUCCUCAUUACGUCAUCCGCAUUGUAGACAUCCGAAAAACCUAGAGGAUUAUAUUGUAGUUUCCGACAACCAAUUUGAGGUAAACUUUAUCAAUCGUCAUUGUGCAGCAUGUAACGGUGUUUCAAACGUGACGAAGUGGCACCUCCAUGCAGAAUGUCCCGAGAUAAUGACAACGGAGUUUAACUCCUUUAAAGAGAGGAACAAUUAUAUUCUUCGGAAAUGUCAUCUUAACAUUGAGCCACCACAUCGUAAGAUAGCUGAACUGACACGGUGCUACAAAAAUGAUAACGUAUAUGUAAGCACUUGUCCAUCCUAUCAGCAAUCAGAACAUCAAUUUAAUGGUUAUGAUAUGAAGAAAUUAGAAAAAGCUUGCAGAAAGAGAAGGGUAUCUCAGAACACUAUUUUCAAAGAUCCAAUGACUGGAGAAGUGUAUUCAAACGUCUAUUGUUUCCUCUGCAAUAACCCAGAUCAGAUAGAAAUCCCUUGGAUGUGUCAGGUUGAAGACAUGUCGUCAUCAGAUGACGUCACAUUUUCAGCUAUGAUUGGCGAGUUUUCUAAUGGAGGGGUUAGAAAUGGUCCAUGCGAAGACACGGAAGUGCAAGAUAAAUUUACAGGUACUUGCAGACAUUUACGUUGCCCAAUGUCAACAAUACCUGUGAGAGGUCAAUGUGUGAGUACUGUCGAGUAUUCCAAUGGAUUCACCCUCUAUGUCCUUUUUAAAAUCGAGUUCCUGGAAGGAAAUGCUUCGUUCUCUCAUGUAAUAAGACGAAGUGUCGAGCGUUACAUAGAAGAACUCCACAAAACUAGUAAUACUGCAUGUGGCUUGUGUGAGAUGCAGUUUUUCCAAUUUGAAUCCACCCUUUUAUACCGACUUCCUUUGUAUACAACUAAAAGCUGCUCCGUUUUUGCGUUAAUCGAUUUCGUUCGAUCCUUGGUUCUAAAAAAUGCCAACAACUUACCACGCGUUUGCAAAGGGGAGAAUGGGACGACUCGAUUUGUUUUACGGUUAUAUCAGAAUAAAAUGCCCCGUGUGGAUAUUUACCACAGCACAAGUGAAAUAGGAAAACGAUGCAUCCUCAAGCCACUUCAAAUCGACAAUGUGCUUUUACAAGACUGUCCACAUUUCCGUAUGGCUGUUGAUGAUUUGUUCCGAUUGAACCCGGAAAUGUCCGCGUUAGAGACGUACCUAAAUCCACAUGGAUUCAUAUCCGUCUGCACGGAUGCGUAUUUUCAGAUGUUUGGACUGUCGUCUGCUGCCGACAACGUAGAACUAAUGCUACGGCAAGCAAUUGAAUUGGUUUUCAUGACUCUCGUAUUCACCUUACUCUAAAAACAAUAUAAAUUUCAAGUUCACGGAAAAUGCCGAUGAGCAGCGAGUGUCUUUAAACGUCAGGUUCCGGCGUUGCAAAAAGAUGCCCGAUGUAUCGCCACUUUCAUUGAAGGUCAACACCCCUGCAUUACUAUUUGUUUAAAACUUAUUCGACAUAACCAGCGUACACGUUGUGUGACUUCUAUAACGUUACAUGCAAACCUUUCCUGUAUUGGUAACUUUUUUUAUUAUUUAUUUUUUGUUUCGGGUCCAUAAGUGCGCAACUCCAUUUACCAAAAUUUGAUACAUGUAGCCUACAUAUACAAUUAUGGAUACCAUAAGAAUUUCAAAUAUCUGAUUAUUGUAUGUGUUGUUAGCGUAGCUUAAAUUUGUGUGCAUAAAAAUUUCCAUGAACGAACAGAAAGAGGGAUAACUUAUAUAAAAAAAUUAACCUACAUGUUACGCAUUUACUUCCCUUUACAUCUUUCUUCUUGUUUUUUUUCUUGGUGUU